AUGCAAUUAAAAUCUCAUCUAAAUCCAAUAGAAAUGAGUAAAAUCAGGAGCCAGGUUUUACGAAAACAGAACAAAGACAAAAAGAAAAUACCUCCAACAACAUGGCGUAUUAUUAUUAUUAGCAUUAUUGUCGCACUGAUAUUGAGUAUAAUUGCUGUUGGUAUUUAUCUUGCUAUUCGUUUCAUAAGAUCAACAACAAGUACUACAAUAGUUGCGAAUCCUGUGCUGCGGUGGAAUGUAACAGGCAUUACUAUAGCUGGCAUCGGUGGUUCAGCUGGUGUGAACGCUAAUCAGCUUAAAUAUCCGCUCGAUAUUGCAUUGGGAUCAUCCAAUGCAAUUUAUGUUGCCGAUUGCUUAAAUAACCGUGUUCAAUAUUGGAAUAUUGGCAAUUCGAGUGGUACAACAGUCGCUGGACAGUCCAAUGGAAAUGCAGGCACUAAUGCAACUUAUUUACGCUGUCCCACUGGACUUUAUGUUGACUCAAACGAUAAUGUUUAUGUGUCUGAUUCUCAGAAUAAUCGUAUUCAACUUUGGAACCAUAGUGCAUCUAUUGGAACAAUGGUUGCUGGAACAGGUAUGAAUGGAUCCGCUAAUAAUCAACUUUUUAGUCCAUGUGGUAUUGUCCAAAAUCCAAGUACAAAAACACUUUAUAUCGUAGACUAUACCAAUCAAAGAGUCAUGAGCUAUACAUCGGGUGCUUCAACGGGUACUGUAGUAGCAGGAGGAAAUGGAUUAGGAACGAGUAAUAUACAAUUGAAUAAUCCUGUUGGGAUAUAUUUCGAUUCGUUUACCAAUAGUCUUCUAAUAGCUAAUCAUGGAGCUAAUAAUAUUGUUCGUUGGGUAUUAGGUGCAAGUAGUUGGACACUUGUUGCUGGUAAUAUUAAUGGAUCAUCUGGAAAUUCAUCAACGACACUAAAUUCUCCUGCUGCUGUAAUACUUGAUCCAAUGGGAAAUGUUUAUGUGGCUGAUAGUCUCAAUAAUCGUAUUCAAUUAUUUAUGUCCAGUCAAUCAGAAGGUAUAACUAUUCUUGGAAUGAUGAGCACAAAUAGCAGUAAUUUCACUCAGUUCGCGACUCCUUAUGCAGUACGACUAGAUAAUCAACUCAAUCUAUACGUUGUCGAUACGGGUAACAAUCGAGUUUUAAAAUUUUUACGUUAUUAA